AAAGAAAAUUCAAACAAAUGCAUACACAUGCGUUACGUUUCAGAGAAGAAAAUUCAAACAAAAGCACGCACAUUUAUGGCUUUUAUCGAAACACAAAACGGUACGCAUUGCACAUAAAAAGGUCAAAGCUUUACAAUCUCAACCAAGAAAUCUAGAUCACAGAUGCUACUCAGAAGCUCAUCAUCUCCAGUUCUUCACACAAGCUUCUCAGACAGUCCAAACAGAGACUUUGACACCACCACCACCAAAGUUUCAUUCAUUCAAGCUGCUCACCAUCAGCACCAUCUCAAUUUGAGCUCAUUUUCUUGCAACCACUCAUCACCGAAAUCUAAAUCUCCCUCUGGGAUCAAUUAUUUCGAUCCAAAACCCAAUAAUCUUCGUCGCAACGCCUUUCGUAGAGCCCUGUCUGAGGGCAAUUUAGAAGGGCUAGGCUCGACUUCUUCUGAUUUGGAGGGAUUCUGUGGUGAUUCAAUUAAGUCAACAAGAUUCUGUCAUAAACUCCAUAAAACAAUGUUGUAUUCACCUCCGUCGUUUUCGAUAUUCAAUACAGAAGAUGGGAAUGAAGAAGAAGCAAAGGAGUUGGGGAGAGAAGAUUUGGUGAGGUCUGUGACAAUUGGAGACAGCAUUGAAGCUAUGGGUAGUGAUGAAUUCUGUUUUGGGAAGAAAGCUAUGAGCUUGAUUCAGGAGGAUGCUGAAGAAGAAGAGGAUUUGCCGAGUGGAUUUCGGAAUUUGCGUAUUGAAAGAAAAGAAGAGGAGGAAACUAAUCAGCCACUUAGUCCUCUUAUGUAUCUUGCUACAGGUUUUGGGAUUGAUGACGGCGGUGGCGGUGAUUUCACUCAGGCAGGUCUGGAUGAGACCGGCAAUGUUGAGGAGUAUUAUAAGAGGAUGGUUGGUGAAAAUCCUUGCAACCCUUUGUUUCUAAGGAACUAUGCUCAGCUUUUGCGGUCCAAGGGAGAUCUUCUUGGAGCCGAGGACUACUAUUUCCGUGCUACGCUAGCAGAUCCUGAAGAUGGUGAAAUCUUGCAGCAAUAUGCUGCAUUGGUGUGGGAUCUGCAUCAUGACCAAGAGAGAGCCUUGAUUUACUUUAAACGCGCAGCUCAAGCUGCUCCUGAUGAUACCCAUGUUCUUGCAGCAUACGCUAGAUUUCUCUGGGAGAUAGAGGACGACGAGGAAGAAGAUUUUUCACAGAAUGAUAAUACUCAGAAUGUAAAGCAUGAAGAUCUGGUUGAAAUUCAGAACUCGGAUUCUAAAGAACAAAAGGAGGGAAUUAGCUCACCUUUGCAUCAGGCAGUACGGGGUGUUGGCUUCACAACAACAGUUCCAGACGAGGAUGAAAACAUGGAGGAAUAUUAUAAGAGGAUGGUUCACGAAGAGCCUUGCAACCCUUUGUUUUUGAGAAACUAUGCCCAGUUCCUCCAUCAGUCCAAGGGAGACCUUCGGGGAGCUGAGGAAUACUACUCACGUGCAAUAUUAGCUGAUCCGGGAGACGGUGAAAUAAUUUCACAAUAUGCAAAAUUGGUGUGGGAACUUCAUCAUGACCGAGACAAAGCGACUUGUUAUUUUGAGCGAGCAGUUCAAGCUACUCCAGGAGAUUGCUAUGUUCUUGCGGCAUAUGCUAGCUUUCUCUGGGAGACGGAGGAAGAUGAGGAGGAGUAUAGUGCACGGGAAGAUAACAAUCAGGUUUCACUUUUUCAAGCGGGAGCAGUGACUUCUGCAAAUGCUUGAACUCUACAGCAGUAUUCCAAGUGCUAAUAUGCUGACAGAUGCUAAAACCUUCAUUAUUACCAUGUUAAAAAAAAAAAACUCAGUGACCACAUCGAUCAAAGGAUAGAGUCUUACACUAUUUCCAGGUCAUCCAUUUAGUCUAAUUCUGGAUUUCCUGAAUAAAGUUGUAUGUGACUAGAAAUGAAUGGAAUAAAAAUUUCUCAUUUUUCUGAA